GCGAAGUUCUACUGCGUCUCUCUUAAACCCUCGCUCUUACCUUCGCCGUUCCUCUUCCUCGCCACCGUCCGCUUCCGCAGCAGCCGCCGCCGAUUUGGCGGUCCUCCCAACUCUUCCCAUGCGCGCUUCUGCGCAUCGACUCCUUCGAAAAAUGACGCCUUUAUUCAUCCAGAUAAGAGAUUUCGGCCGCUCGGUCCCUAUUCGCUGCUCCACUGCGUUGCCGCCGCCUCCGCGCCACGAUUCGCAAGCCGUAUUGCAAUCGAUAUUCCUCAAUUUGAGGCACCGCAAGUGGAAUUUCCUGCAACAGUUCUCUUCCUGCCUCGCCGACCCGCUGUUAGUUCGUCAGGUGCUCUUUCGCUGCCGGUCUUCGCCUCGACUCGCUCUGGAGUUCUUCGAUUGGCUGUCGUCGGAGCAGAAGAAGAGUAAGGACGUCACUCCUCCCGAUUUGGACACCCUGUCCUUCCUGAUUCAUGUUCUGGUGUCGGCAAAGAUGUUCGACGAAGCUUUGUGCAUCAUGAGGCAAUUGAUGCAAGAAAGGGGCAUCCCUGUCUUAGAGCUCCUCGAUGCUCUUGCUCGAAGCCGGAAGAGAUACGGCGGCAGUCGUGAUGCUUAUGAUGCCAUCGUUAGGUGUUGUACUCAGAUUGGCGCAGGCAAAGAUGCUUACUUGGUGAUCCGGACUCUUCGAGCUAGAGGCGUUUGGGUGUCUAUUCACGCUUGCAAUAACUUGCUGAACCAUCUUAUUUCGAACCGAGAUGCCGGUGUUACAUUCUGGAAGAUGUACAAGGAGAUGAUCGCUUUGGGAUAUGUUGAAAAUGUAAACACAUUCAAUUUGCUCAUCUAUGCAUUAUGUAGAGAAUGCAAGAUCAGCGAAGCUUUUGGAGUUCUAUGUCGGAUGAUCAAUGGAGGGAUUUCUCUGAAUGUCGUCACCUUCAACAUGCUCAUUGACGGGUGCUGCAGAAAUGGCGAGUUUGAUCUUGCUUACAACCUUUUCAAGAAGAUGAAGUUUGUGUCUAAGAAUGCCGUUGAGCCAAACAUUGUGACUUUCAAUUGCCUCAUCAACGCGUUAUGUAAGGCUGGAAAGUCAGAGCUUGGUGAACACUUGGUGAAGAGAGACAUAGCGAAGAAAGGCUUACUUUCGAACAUGCGAACAUAUGCUACUCUGAUCGAUGGAUAUGCUAGGGAAGGGAAGCUGGAAGAGGCUUUAAGGUUAUUCAUCGAGAUGGUGGAUGACGACAUAGUGCCCAACACUGUUUUAUAUAACUCCCUCCUGAAUUGGCUAUUCAAGCAAGGUCAUAUCGAGGAGGCUGGUUUCUUGCUGUCAGAUAUGCGAAAGGCGCAUGCUUCUCCUGAUUGUUUCACAUGUGCAAUUGCUGUUGAUGGUUAUUUCAGGAAUGGACUUGCACAUGAAGCUUUAGGAUACUACAAGCAGAUCAGAGAAGAGAAAUCAGUUAACGAUGUGAUUCCAUACAAUAGCCUCGUUAAGCAUCUCCAUGAGCAAGGGAGGAUCUAUGAAGUGAAACAGCUACUAGGAACAAUGUUUUCUAGUGGCUUGGCUCCUGAUGUGGUUACUUAUAGCACUUUAAUCGAUCGAUUCUUCAAGGACAGAAACAUUGAUGAUGCUCUUGAGGUGUAUGAUCAAAUGUUGAAGGAUGGGCAAAUGCCUAACCUUAUCACUUACAAUUCAAUCAUCUACGGCUUCUGUCAAGUGGAGCAUGUGGAUCUAGCUUUGUUAGCCGUCGAGGAACUAAAGGGAGCCGGCGUGCUUCUUGACGUAUUCACAUACAACACCAUGAUCCAUGGAUAUCUCAGCCUUCAGAGGGUUGAAGAAGCUUGUGAUUUAUGCCACUCCAUGCAGAGACUAGGCAUAGCAGUUAAUGUUGUCACUUGCAAUAUAUUUAUGAACUUCUUAUGCAAAUCAGGAUGCUUUGAUCUCGCAGAGGAGCUAUUGAGGAUUAUGCUCGAUCGAUUUAUUAUUCCAGAUUCGAUAACCUAUACCAUUCUAGUUACUUCAUUCCAUAAAAGUUACAGUGCAAGUAAAGUGAUCGAACUGCAUGAUUAUAUGGUUAUCAGAGGAGUCUCUCCUGAUAAAUUUACAUACAAAUCAAUUGUCAGUUCACUUAUUCAAAGAGAAGCUCAUACUGAUGCCUUUGUAUGAUAGAUUCUUGAACAUUUACUUGAUUUAUGAACAGUGAAUGUAUUGGUGUAUCCUUUGAGCAAGAACA